CACCGUGGCGACCGCUCCACCUCGCUACCGAGGUCCACGUCUAAAUCUAAUCCUCUGCUCGACUUCCUUUUUCUUUCUCUCUCCUUCUCUUCCUUUCUCUCUUUAUUCCCUUAUCCUCCUGUCCAAGGAACCAGAGAUACCCAAUAGUGAAAUUCAAUAAGGAACUUCUCACGAGAUUUCCACUUUUCUCCAUUUGUCAGAUUUUCCAUCGUUAAGCACUCUUCUCUCUCUCUCUCUCCUUUUCUAUCGAUAAUUAAUUAAAUUUCCAUUUUUCUCUCUCUUUCCUUCUUGUAUUGUACUUCUCGUAAGCUCUUCCAGCCAACGAAUCGUUUCGUCCGUUGUUUGAGAAACGAACGUAAGAGUGUGAUUCUGCCGCGGAGUUGGUUCGAUUAGAAGUAAACGAAAAAGAAAAGAAUCGUAAUUGUGUCGCGGCGACGACGACGGUGAGAUUUGAAAGAAGAAGAGAGGAAAAGUUGAAGAGGCAAACAUGUACGCGAGGCUGUUACUAUUGAGAUCCACUAAACUUGGAUGUUUUCCAAGGAGAUUGGCUUCGUUCUCUUCGGGGCCGAGGAUUCCCGAGCAAGCAGGGAAACGUGUAGACUCGCGGAGAGAGCUACAGACGAUGGAUGGUCCUCGAAAGGCGGCGAUAUUCAACGAAAGAAGUCAAUUGACGUACACAAGACGUUUGGUGGUGAAAUUAGGCAGCGCCGUUAUUACCAGAGAGGACGAACAUGGAUUGGCGCUCGGUCGUUUGGCGUCCAUCGUCGAACAGGUAGCCGAGUGCCAAAACGGAGGUCGUGAAUGUAUUAUGGUAACUAGCGGGGCGGUCGCGUUCGGCAAACAGAAGCUAGCUCAGGAACUGUUGAUGUCCUUAUCGAUGAGAGAGACUCUCAGUCCUGGCGGUCACAUGAGGAAACGCUCAGGCACUCCUUUGGAGCCUAGAGCCGCAGCUGCGGUUGGCCAGUCCGGUCUGAUGUCUCUCUACGACGCGAUGUUCGCUCAAUACGGCGUGAAACUGGCCCAAGUGUUGGUCACCAAGCCGGAUUUCUACAACGAGGAGACGCGUAAAAAUCUCUUCAGCACCCUGAGCGAACUGCUCAGCUUGAACAUCGUUCCCAUAAUCAAUACGAACGACGCUGUGUCACCGCCGCCGCACGUAGACGAGGAAGUGGCUGGUAGCGGCGGAAGAAGAGGGAUCUCGAUCAAGGAUAACGAUUCUCUAGCCGCGAUGUUAGCAGCGGAGAUUCAAGCAGAUCUGCUGAUCCUGAUGAGCGACGUAGACGGGAUCUACAAUCUGCCACCGUGGCAAGACGGUGCAAAGAUGUUGCACACGUUCAGUUCAGACCUUAGGGAUACCAUCAAGUUCGGGCAAAAGUCGAAAGUCGGGACCGGUGGCAUGGACUCGAAGGUAAACGCGGCACUAUGGGCUCUGGAUCGUGGUGUCUCUGUGGUGAUCUGUAACGGAACCCAGGAGAAGGCUGUUAAAAGCAUUUUGUCCGGAAGAAAGAUCGGCACAUUCUUCACGCAAACCACCGAAUCCACCACGCCUGUGGAGGUUGUCGCCGAGGAUGCUCGAAUCUCCAGCCGAAUUCUCCAAGCACUUAAACCAGAGGAACGUGCAAGCUGCAUCAACACGUUGGCGGACCUCCUCGAGUCCCGCCAGAAGGAAAUCCUACGCGCCAACAUGAAGGAUCUCGAGGAGGCUGAAAAGAGUGGCUUGGCAGCGGCUCUCCUCUCUCGUCUUUCUCUCACACCGGCCAAACUCAAAUCUCUAAGCUCCGGUCUCCGUCAGAUCGCGAAUGACUCGUUGACGAACGUGGGUCGCGUGCUUAGAAGGACGAAACUGGCGGACGGUUUGGAACUGAAACAAAUCACCGUCCCUAUCGGUGUUUUAUUGGUGAUCUUCGAGUCUAGACCGGACAGUCUGCCUCAGGUGGCCGCGUUGGCGAUGUCCAGCGCCAAUGGUCUCCUCCUGAAAGGUGGCAAAGAGGCCGCCCACAGUAACAGAUACUUGAUGCAACUGGUGAAAGAAGCGUUGGACACCGUAGGAGCUGCGAACGCGAUCUCCCUCAUCUCGACCAGAGAGGACGUCGGUGAUUUGCUGUCUAUGGGCAAACACAUAGACCUGGUGAUUCCUCGUGGUAGUUCCGACUUGGUUCGAAAUAUCCAAGAACAGUCGAAGCACAUCCCAGUGCUGGGACACGCGGAAGGUAUCUGUCACGUGUACGUCGACAAGGACGCUGACUUGAGCAAGGCGCUGAAGAUCGUGAGGGACUCGAAAUGCGAUUAUCCGGCCGCCUGCAACGCUAUGGAGACUCUGCUUAUUCAUGAGAAUCACAUGAGAGGGAGCUUCUUCACCGACGUCUGCAAUAUGUUGCAGAAGGAAGGAGUGAAAGUUAAUUCCGGCCCGAAACUGAGGAAGCUGCUGACGUUCGGCCCACCAGCGGCGAAGAGUAUGAAAACCGAGUACGGAGCACUCGAGUGCUCGAUCGAAGUCGUGUCAGACGUCGACGAUGCGAUCAGUCAUAUUCACAAGUACGGCAGUGGACAUACGGAUGUUAUCGUCACCGAGGAUAGCGAUAGAGCCGUUCAUUUUCAGAGGGAAGUAGACAGUGCUUGUGUCUUCCACAACGCCAGCUCGCGGUUCGCCGAUGGAUACAGAUUCGGUCUUGGAGCUGAGGUCGGAAUUUCCACCGCUCGAAUCCAUGCAAGAGGUCCAGUUGGAGUGGACGGACUAUUAACAACGAAAUGGGUGCUUCACGGCGAUGGCCACGCAGCUGCAGAUUUCGCAGAGGGUGGCGAUAAAGUUUGGCUCCAUCAAUCCUUGCCACUAAACGAAUCCGCAUGAAUCGAACAACCGGAUCAAUUCGAAGAUAUCGAAAACUUCUCCAUUGCGACACGGAAGAUUUUACAUCGAAGGGAAUCGCCAGUGACAAACCGUCGCUGUGCCACUUUAGAUUCAUUCGCGAAACGAUCGCGUCUGUUUUUCUUCACCCUUCGAUCGCUCGUCGCUAAAUGCAGAAAAAUCCUGAAGAAUCUGACCAAGUAGAGACACGAAGAUCCUCUUCUAUCUAAUCAGAAAAUUCUUCUUUUUUUUCUUAGUUUAUCGAUUAACGCGAACAAAACUCGCUAAUUCGAGUGUUAACUGUUAAUUAUACAGUAGGAUAUAGCGGUAAGAAUAUCGUGUUUGUCUAAUAUUUGUCUUAGAAUAAGUAUUAUUCGUAAGUGCUACUCUCGCGAAUGAAAUUUUGAGAAAAAAAUACACAGAACGCACCCGUGCUCUAUCCUACGAUGAACCAAAGAAAUAGCGCGAAUUUAGGAGGAUCCAAAUGUACCAUACGAUUAAUUUAACCGUGGAAAUAUAUUCGUCGAAUCUGUUUCUAUUCUCAACACGAAUUUCAUUACAUCCUAAUUUCCCCCUUUUCUGCACGAUGAAAGAUUUAAGAGAUACCUACGUGAAACGAAGAAAAGGAAAAGGAAGAGAAAGAGAACGGAGGAGAUCGUUCUUAGGAAUUUGUUGUAAAUACAAGAUGUAUUUCUAUCAGAAAAAGAAGUAUCAACUUGGUUACUCGAAAAACUUGCCCAGAGAAGUUUGUUAAUAAAGUACGAGUACAGGGGAGAGAGAGGCUCUUCUCGACACAGUUACUUGGGUCGUUGCGAAAGUUAAGUCGUCCGGUUAUAUUCGGAACUCCAGAGCUGAACCAUCAACGUCGAAAAGUACCGCUUAUCCUUUUAAGUUACCUCGAUCGCAAAUAACCAAGCCACCAAUUACGAAGUUAUCUACCUCUUUGCGAACUUGGUGGAUUUAAACAUUUCGUUAACGAUGCUCCACAAGACCCGUUUACAAGAUACACGAAACGAAGAUCGAUACAAAUGUGCAUGUGGUAACGAUAUCGGUUCUGUUCUCGUUAGAAAAGUCGGUAUUUCCUUUUACAAGUAGCGUACGAUCGUUCGUAAUUUAUCACCGUCGAGUAAUCAGGCAGAACACCAAUCGGGUAGCAAAGCUCUAAGUACAGAGUCCAAUCUCGACAAUUGCGUGAACAAUGCAGUACAGUUUCCAAGAAUAGUUCAGGAACCCACAAAUCUUUGUCACUCGUUAUCGGUACCGAAUAUUUCUUAUCAAAAACGACGGAAUACUUAUGAUUGUUGCGCGAUUUAUCAUGAGACGCAUUAUUAACGGAAACCUUCUGUUCUGUUAUUAAUUCAUGCUACGGAUACCUG